AUGGGUUUCCGACCGCAACGAGUCGCUUCAUGGUUUCGAAAUUCGGAUAAUUUGUUGCUCGUGCUUACGCUGGCCAGUGUCUCUUUUGGGGUGAUCGUUGGUGGAUUGUUGAGGUAUGCUGAGCUAAACCAGGGCACAAUCAGAUACAUCGGCUACCCGGGAGAACUCUUUAUGAAUAUGUUGAAGUGUAUGAUUCUCCCGCUCGUUGUCAGCAGCUUGAUAUCGGGACUAGCUCAAUUGGAUGGAAAAACUUCGGGAAAAGUCGGCUCUAGAGCGAUCAUGUACUAUGCACUGACAACAACGCAUGCUGUCAUUCUUGGUAUCAUUCUUGUUCUGUUGAUUCAUCCAGGAAAUCCGGAUUUAAAAGUAAAACAUGAGGCAAGCGAGGAAACGAAAGUAAAGCGAGUCAAAGCUGAGGACAAAUUCUUGGAUUUGAUCAGAAAUAUGUUUCCCGAGAACAUUGUACGGGCAACUUUUGAGCAACAGGAGACAAUUUAUACGGGAAAUGGGACGAAUGAGAAAGCGGUCAUUCAAUAUUCACCGGGGAUAAACAUAUUGGGGUUGAUCGUUUUCUGCAUCGUGAUGGGCAUCAUGAUUUCUCGAGUUGGUCCUCAGGCAAAACCUCUAGCUGAUCUUUUUAAAGCCAUCGAUUUGGUGAUUACCAGGAUGGUUUCCCUUGUUCUUUGGGUUGGUCCAAUCGGUAUCUUUUCCCUAAUCGCCAACAAAAUGCUAAGUGUGCCGGAUAUUUUGGCGACCGUCGAGAUGUUGGGAUGGUAUAUGUUAACUGUGAUUAUUGGUUUACUGAUUCAAGCAUUCGUCACAUUGCCGCUAAUCUAUUUUGUGGCCGCUCGCAAGAAUCCGUACACAUAUUUGAGAGGUUUAGGACAAGCUUGUCUGACCGCUUUGGGGACAUCAUCAAGCUCUGCGACUCUGCCGGUGACAUUCAAGUGUUUGAACGAGAUUGGCGUCGAUCCAAGGGUUACAAAAUUUGUGCUUCCCGUUGGUACAAUGGUCAAUAUGGAUGGUACUGCUCUCUACGAGGCGGUCGCAUCUCUCUUCAUCGCCCAGCUAAACGGUAUCUCGAUGGGAAUUGGGACGGUGAUCACUGUGAGUAUCACUGCCACUCUGGCAGCCAUCGGAGCCGCAUCUCUUCCUUCAGCCGGCCUAGUCACAAUGAUGAUCGUUUUGACGGCUUUAGGACUACCAGUUGAGGAUAUUUCUCUAAUCAUUGCCGUUGAUUGGUUUUUAGAUCGACUUCGGACGACGGUCAAUGUUCUUGGUGAUGCUUUCGGAUGCGGAUUUGUGUACCAUUUGUGUAAAGAUGAUUUGGACACGAUGCCCGAUCAGCCGAAUAUGGAUGACGUGUUGAAGGAACAUGGAGUGGACAUCGAUGAAUUCCACAGACAAGAAAAGGAGGCACUCUCACGGCGACAAAGUGAAAUGAGAAAUGGAAACGGGACAAAUAAUAUCUUGCAACAAGUG